AACAGUGAUUGACCUCCAAACCAGGAUAACCGAUGGUUUUUUUAACCACCAUUGCCGAUGAUCACCUUCUUCGAUCAAAACUCUGGCUUUCAACGUUUCGUCCUCUUCAUCCUUAUCUCUUUCACCUACAAUUAAAUCAACGAAUACAACCCUGUUUCAACCCACCGACCAACAACCACCGACAACAUUCCAACCAUAACCGCUGCGUACGAUCCACUGUAAGUUUCACAGUUCUCAAAUGCGGCAUAAAACAUGCAAAUAAGAACAAGCAAUGUUGCAGACGGUUUCAGGAUUAGUGUUUCAAACACACCUAGUUGUUCAAAUCACACUUCUGGUUAUGAUGACAUAGAAUCAUUAGGAGACGUUUUUCUUUGGGGAGAGAUAUGCUCCGACGUGUGUUCAAGUGAUGGAUCCGUAAACGCAUUUCCAUCAAAAACCGAUGUUACCAUUCCUCGACUUCUAGAGUCGAACGUAGUUAUAGAUGUCCACCAAAUUGCUUGCGGCGUUAGACAUUAUUCUCUUGUAACAAAGCAAGGCGAGCUUUUUACUUGGGGCGAGGAGUCUGGCGGCAGGCUCGGUCACGGGCUCGAAAAAGACUUUGGUCGCCCACGCCUCGUUGAAUUUCUAGCGGUUACGAAUGUUGAUUAUGUUGCGUGUGGUGAGUUUCACACGUGCGCGAUAUCUACAUCCGGUGAUUUGUAUACAUGGGGGGAUGGGUCCCACAAUUCCGGACUUCUCGGUCAUGGAACCGAUGCGAGCCAUUGGAUACCGAAACGAGUUUCUGGACCUCUAGAAGGGUUAGUGGUUUGUUCGGUUGCUUGUAGCACGUGGCAUACGGCUCUGGCGACUGUUGAUGGUAGGCUUUUCACUUUUGGAGACGGGACGUUUGGUGUUUUAGGGCAUGGAGAUCGAGAGAGCUUGAAAUAUCCGGUGGAAGUUCAGUCGUUAAACGGGUUGAAGGCGUUAAAAGUUGCGUGUGGGGUAUGGCACACUGCUGCAAUUGUCGAGAUCACAAACCAGCAUGGCGGACAUUCAACGUCCCGAAAGCUCUUCACAUGGGGUGAUGGCGAAAAACAUAGAUUGGGUCAUGGAAACAAGGAAACGUACUUAAAACCGAAGUGUAUAUCCGCUUUAAUGGACUACAACUUUCAUCAACUCGCGUGUGGUAAUACGAUGACCUUAGCUCUUACAACAUCCGGCCAUGUUUUCUCCUUCGGUAGUACUUCAUACGGUCAACUCGGGAACCCACAAUCAGACGGGAAAUUGCCUGCGAUGGUGCAAGACGAGUUGGUCGGUGAGUUUGUCGAAGAAAUCGCAUGCGGAGCAUACCAUGCAGCUGUUUUAACGUCAAGAAGCGAAAUAUUCACAUGGGGAAUGGGUGCAAACGGAAGACUUGGCCAUGGGGAUUUCGAAGACCGCAAAACACCAACGUUAGUCGAAUCGUUAAAAGAUAGAGUCGUUAAAAGCAUAUCUUGCGGCGCAAGUUUCACUGCUAGUAUAUGCAUUCAUAAGUGGAUGUCCGGAGCAGAUCAGUCGGUUUGCUCCGGAUGUAAACAAGCGUUCGGUUUCACAAGAAAGAGACAUAACUGUUACAACUGCGGGCUUGUACAUUGUCAUGCUUGUAGUUCUCGAAAGGCUUUAAAAGCCGCACAGGCUCCGAUUCCUGGAAAACCUCAUCGUGUUUGCGACUCGUGUUACGCGAAACUUAUAAAGAAACCGCCUGAUGUCGGGAUCGGGAUUGGCAAUUCAUCUAGUUAUCAUAGAAGAUUUAGUAACCAACCGGGCCAAGAUGGAAAUAGAGGACCGGGCCGGACUUCGAGGCUUUUAAUGUCGCCGAACAUCGAACCGGCGAAAUACCUUGAGAUAAUGUCAGCGAUGUACGGGCCAAAAUCGGGUUCUUGUUCUUCAGUAAGAUCUUCUCAAGUUCCGUCGUCUCAACAGUUAAAGGAUAUUACGUUUCCGAGUUCGAUCGGUAGUGCUUUUAGACCGGGUGUCACGGCAUCAUCUUUUCAGAUGCAGCCGCCGUUUCUGCCGUCACCGCGGCUGCCGUCGCAACCUCAACCUCCACCUCUGCCGACCAACAGCAGGUCGGCUUCACCGUAUUCGAGACGACCGAAUCCUCCGUCUUCUGGUUCUCCGAUGUUCUCAAGGGGUGUUAUUGAUAAUCUUAACAAAUCAAAUGAGCUAUUGAACCAACAAGUGUCCAAGUUGCAGGGCCAAGUAAAAACGUUAAAGAAGAACAACGAACGCCAAGAUGCACAGAUUCAAAAAUUGCAAACUUAUGCCGAAGAAUCGGCAACAUUAGCAUCCGACCGAAAUGCCAAGUGUCAAGUUGCUGUGGAUGUCCUCAAAUUCGUCAGAUCUCAGCUAAACACGUUGACAGAGAAGCUGCCUCCUGAUGAUGAAAGCAUAAAAGCGUUGACUUUUAAACUAGAUGACUUUCUACAAUCCGCUCCGUCAAGGAAAUUCUCAAACCGAAAGCAUCCUAAGGUUGAAGAGAGUGAGGAGGUGACAUCACACAAUGAAUCUUCUGCUGGUGAAACAAGCAAAGACGGUAGCGCACAUAGAGCAGAAAAGAAAGAAGUAAUUGAACAAUUUGAACCAGGUGUAUAUGUAACUCUCAUCCAACUUUCAAACGGUACCAAAAUAUUCAAGCGCGUUAGAUUCAGCAAAAGACGGUUUGUGGCAGAGCAGGCGGAAGAAUGGUGGAAGGAAAACAAAGAUAGGGUGUUCAAGAAGUAUAGCCGGUCAAAGUCAAACAGCGGCCCAAGUACAUCUGCGGCUCAACCGCCACCUGAACAGGAACCAUCCACGUCUACAUAGCUUAGCCACUUAACGUUACCGACUUCAUUUUUGGUGCAGCGUGUCGCACUUCACUAGAUUAGAUAAUUUAUCCCUUUUUACUAAUUUGGGUCACAUGUGAAAGGGGUAUAAUAUUAUAUUUCUAACAUGUUAACUAAUUUAUAGUUAAGAUAAAAAAAAUAUAACCCGAGGAA